AUGGCCUACUUCAAAGCUCUGAUCAAGAAGAGAAAGUCGCAGGACGCUGUAUCGAUCAAAGACAAGAUCACCUAUCCCGUCGCCGUCUCACACAGCCGGCCUCUACCCCCUAUUCCAUGCCACACGCGGACUCCCUCGGAUGCGUCUAUUGCCAGCAUAGUCCCUGCUACGCUCGCGUUCCCCAAGCCUCCCAAUCGUUCACCAAUCUACACCGCCACUCCAUUCGACCAUCGCACGCGCGAAACAGGGGACGGAGACCGGCAGCGGGUGAGCGACGAUAGCAAAGCCCGGUCGCCGAGAGGUUCUGGAGAGAGCAGAAGGAGUGGAAGAGGGCAUGCUCGUACGAGGGACAGCAAGGAAAGGCAGAACGCUCAGAUACCAUCGCCACCGAGGGUUCGAGAGCCUGCCGAGAAGCGGUCAAAAAGCCCCAGGGUAUCUGUGGCACCCAUGUUGCCCGUGCUGAACAUUGGCGACAUGAUCUACGACGACUCUAUGACUUCCUCUGCAGCCUCUACCGCUAUCCUCACACCACCUCCCAGCGGUCAAGUGUACUCUCUAGACAGUCCUGCUACGUCUUCACCACUGCGUCCCAAGCUACACUCGCGCCAUACCAAUCCCAUCGUCAUCAUCCACCCCGAUACCAGCCUCGACAGCACAGUGGAGCUUUCGUUCAGCCCAGAAGCAAGCCCUGUAAAGAUAUCAAAGGCUCAAACAGCGAAAGUGUUGGACUCGGGCAGCGUGAAGAAUGUUCAGGAUACGCCGAGUGACAAGCCGGUUGCGAGGGUCAGCGAGGCGAGUGCCAUGGUUGCAAGAGACUUUGCCUCCUCCCCAUGCGCCGAGCAUCCUCGCGUACCAUCCCUUGUCCAAGCGCACGGCAGCGCCCACGACAGCACAUUCUCGAGCGACAGCGAGUACUCUGUCAACACUUCUGUCGUCGCGCCGCGUCCGAGCCGGCCAGGUGACGCUUCGAGCUGCUGGUCAGUCACUCCGAGUAAAUCGUCUAUGCGUAUUCCGUUAUUGCAAAAGGAAAGGAGCACAGUCGAUAGUGAGAUCUACACUCCUCCUAGCCGUUGCUCGAGCCUGCCUCUCAAUUCAACACAAGCCGACGGCAAUCUUGCUCCUACCCCUCCCGCCGCCAAUGGUGCAGAGCUGCCUUCUUCGGUGUCUUCACGUCCCGAGUGGUGGUUUGCCGAUCACUCGUCAAAAGAUUCGGUCGCCCCCGAGCCUGCUCGGGUCUUCUCCGACGCUACACUAGUCAAGCCACUUGCAUCACCUCUAUCGCUCGUGACUACUCCAGCCGAACCAGACACCGACCUAUCUUCUCCCCACCCAUCCUCAGCCCUCGCACCCACCUCUCCCGCCCUCUUCACCGCCCAAGGCAGCCCCUCACCCACUACCGCCCAAUUCUUCUCUGAAAAAGAGUUGAAAGAGAAAGUGUGGUAUGAUGUCAAGAGCUCGAGGGGUACGGUAGAGCCGGUAGAGCCGGUGGAGCCGGUGGGUUCGCAUGAGAGUGGGAGUUGGAGUGAUGGGCCGUCGUGGGUUGUUGGAGAUGAUGUGCAUUUGGGGUAUUUGAGGAUUACGGGGGAGGGGCUGGGUGGGGAGCGGGUGGACGAUGGAGGGGAUUUGAUAGAAGUCUUGGAUCGGUCGAAUACUCCUGACUCUUUGGAUCAACAGUCUUUGGAUCAACACCCUUUCGCCGAGGACAGUCUGCAUACCAGGAUUGAUCCCAAUCAUCAAGAACCCCAGAUCCAAAUUUCCGAGUGCUCCUUUAACGACUCGUCUCCUUUACCACCUGGCAAUAUCCCCAGCCUCUUCCAAGCCAUCUGCGCCCGAGCUCUUCAACGCGGAUACUUGGGCAUGGACGACUUUCACGCAGAGCGCGGGGUUGUGGAGGCGUUGGCGGAGGAUGAAAAGUGGUUGUCGGUGGAUCAUGAUGUGGCGAGGGAGAUGGUGAAUUUGAGAAAGGAGAAUACGAGAUUGAAGGCGGAGCUCGAAGCCAAGACUGCAAAACCAACAACAAGCACCCCAUCUAAAACACCUCUCAAGCGACGCCAGAAGUCAGCUCUACCGCCCAUCCAAGACGUCUUUCACUCGAGCCCUCCUCAAGCUUUUCGUUCUACUCCUUCACGCACCCGAGGCCUCAACCAGCCAUUCGGCUUGCCUCUUUCUCGUGCAUCGUCAUCAUCAAGCGACGCAUCCGCUCCUCAAGCCGAGAUCAUCCAACUCCGCACCGAACUUGCAACCUCCCGCGAACAGCAAGACCAACUUCUGGGACGGGCCGAGACUGCUGAAUCAUCCGCCGAACGCGCUACAGAAUCUAUCUCCGCUUUGCAAUCCAUGUUUACGCGCAUCACCUCGGAACUUGAAGAUUCACACCGUCGUGCAGCUAUGGAUCGAUCCGAGAUGGAAAAAGUCACAGCCGAGUAUGCCGAGGAGAGACGGCAAGGGGAAGCGGUGAGGAAUCAGCUCGAGUCGUGGGGAGAACAGGAGAGGGGUGAGGUUGUUCGGCUCAAGGGGGAGAUUGGAAGCUUGGGGGAGAAGGUGGAGGGGUUCUUUGGGAUGGCUGAUCUGUUGACUCGGUGCAUGGAUGAGCUCGUCCACCUACGCGAAGCCAAGGUCGUCCUUGAGCAAGAGAUAACCGCCAUACUGUCGAUACAAUCAUCGUCUUUCCUCAAGAAACCUGACAUCCCCCGACCCGUCAAACGGCAUUCAUGGACGACGAUCAUCAAUGAUCGAAGUGCAAGUGUGGAUCGAGCGGCUGGACCGCCUCUUUGUACAGCUGGACGGACUAUGUGA